AUGGCCAGCUGGCCGCUGAGAGCCGUCAUCCUGUUCGGUGCGCACAUCCUCGCCCUCGGACGAGGAGUGGUACUGGACAGUCAGGGACCGGUCCUGAAGCUGGAGCCCCGCUCCUCCGUGGAGUUCUCCAACGACACCGGGGCGAUGAUACAUUGCGCGGCCUACGGAAGUCCACCUCCCCGUAUCGACUGGCUGAUGGGUGAUGGGUCCCCCGUGGUCCCCAUAACGCACAUCCGCGAGAGGCUAGAAAAUGGGUCCCUCUACUUCCUGCCCUUCAGCGCCGAGAGCUACCGCCAAGACGUCCACUCCGCCGUCUACAGAUGUCAAGCCUCGAACAGCGUUGGCACGGUGCUCGGACGCGAAGUCAGCAUCAGAGCUGUGGUUCGCCAGGAGUACGAGGUCAAGGUACGGGACGCUUACGUAUUCUCCGGGAACACGGGAGUGAUGAGAUGCGAGAUUUCACCGUUCGUUAAGGGUUACGUUGCGGUCACUUCGUGGGUGCAGGACGCGAAUUUUAAUAUUUACCCCACACCACAAAGCGAUGGAAAGUAUCACAUGCUGCCGACUGGGGAACUGCUGGUAUUUUCGAUAACCUCGGCUGAUGCUCAUUACACCUAUCGAUGCCGUACUGUCCACUACAUCACCGGAGACAAGGUCGAAAGCUCUUCCUAUGCUCGCUUCGUCGUUACCGAACAACGAAACCCCGUGCCCCCGCGGUUCAACGAGCGGGUCAACCCCGCGCCCAUCCGCACCGGGGACACCAUCGUCCUGUCCUGCAUCUCCCAAGGAAUCCCGCCGCCGAUGUAUCUCUGGUUUCGAGAGUUGGUCUCUGGCACUGACAUGAUCGGCAAUUCCGAGAGGAUUCAUGCCAGGGCCGGCAUCCUGGUGUUGCAGAACGCCAGGCUCGAAGACGCCGGCCGAUACGUUUGCCACGCCAAUAACACCGCGGGCUCCGAGAGGGUGGAACUCGAGGUUUCGAUCAUCAGCAGCCUUUCCAUACAGCUAACACCUCCGCAGGCGACCGUGGAUCUGGGAAAAGACACCGAGUUCACCUGCACGGUCACGGGGCAACCAACUCCGGUGAUCUCGUGGGCCAAAGAUGGACAUCUUCUUAGGGAAGGCUCUUCGGGUAGAAUAAAGAUCCAGAAGGGGGUGAUUCCUACCCUCCACAUCUCGUCGAUAACGCGCGAUAACAAGGGGAUGUAUCAGUGCUUCGCCAAGAACGACUACGAGAUGGUGCAGGCCACUGCUGAGCUGCGUUUGGGAGAUGCGGCGCCCCAGCUUGUAUAUAAAUUCAUCGAGCAGACUAUGCAACCCGGGCCAUCGGUUUCCCUAAAGUGCAUCGCCACCGGCAACCCGACGCCGCGGUUCACGUGGACCCUGGAUGGAUUUCCACUCCCGCAAAAUGAUAGGUUUGUCAUAGGUCAGUACGUGACGGUGCACGGGGACGUCAUCUCGCACGUAAACGUGAGCGUGGUCCGGGUCGAAGACGGGGGCGAAUAUCGGUGCACCGCGGUGAACAGGGUCGCCAAGGUACACCAUACGGCCCGGCUGAACAUUUAUGGUUUACCGCAUGUGCGGCCCAUGGGCAACUUCACCGCCAUAGCCGGCGAAGCUGCGGUAAUCAAGUGCCCGGUUGCUGGGUUUCCGAUCGCCAGCAUCACCUGGGAGAAAGAUGGGCAGGUGCUUCCCACGAGCCUGCGACAAGAAGUGUCGGCAAAUGGUACCUUAAUCCUCCAUCGAGUAGACAGUAGUACGGACAAAGGGGCGUACACUUGUACAGCGAAGAACAAGCAAGGGGACUCCGACUCGCAAACCGUUCAGAUCAUUGUCAAAGUGCCGCCCACGAUAGCUCCCUUUAGCUUUAACAAGGACCUCUCGGAGGGCGUGCGCGCCCAGGUGACGUGCAUGAUCGAAAAGGGCGACCCGCCCUUCACGUUCGUCUGGUCCAAGGACGGCGAGACGUUCGCCACCUCGGAACCGGCGGGGUUCGGUGGGUCUGGCCUGUCGGGGCUGUCCACUCCUAGAGUGAGCCGGACCCCUGGACUCCUCGUGACCAGCAUCGACGCGCAUUCCAGUACGAUUGUGAUCGAACAAGUGACGGCCGCUCACACGGGCAACUAUACUUGCCUCGCCCGCAACUCGGUGGCCGAGGUCUUUCGGACCGCCGAAUUAGUCGUUAGUGUUCCUCCUCGAUGGGUGAUGGAACCCCAAGACGUGCAAGCUCAGGAAGGAACUUCACGUUUGGUUUUACACUGCCACGCCGAUGGAUUUCCUCCCCCCGCGGUUACAUGGCGCAGGGCGUCGGGGAAAAGACCCGGCAAUUAUCACGCGAUCGCAAAUCACGAGCAAAUCCAGGAUCUAUUGAUCCAUAGCAACGGAUCGCUGGUUUUUGGCCGAGUCCAGGAAGACCACGAGGGCUUUUACCUCUGCGAGGCCAUCAACGGAAUCGGUGCUGGCCUCAGCAAAGUCGUCUACUUGACCGUCAACGCUCCUGCCCAUUUUGAAGAGAAGCACCGAAAUCAAACGGCGCCUCUUGCGUCGAGCGCGUCAUUGCGAUGCGAGGCCAAAGGAGAUCAUCCCCUAAAAAUCGAAUGGCGAAAGGCUGGCUCCGAUCACCGAUAUUUAGGAAAAAUUGUAAACACGACUGAUGGGGUAGUUGGUAUCCUAGAACUGGUCAAAACGACGAGGGAAGACAGUGGCCGGUACAUUUGCAUAGCCUCGAAUGGAUAUGGACGAGACCAGAUGAUGAUUCAUUUGUAUAUACAAGAGCCUCCAGAUUUCCCGAGGAAUCUUCACGUGAUCGAAAAAGGCAGUCGGUUCAUUAAACUGGGAUGGAAUACUAGCCAAGAUGGCAACAGUCCAAUAAUCGAAUAUAUCAUUGAAUAUAAGACUGAUUCAGAAGUCUGGCACGAUCAUACGUUUCACAGCACCGUGCCAGGUUCCCAAUCCUACGGUGAAGUGAAGGGUCUGCGACCAGCAGUAAACUACCAAUUUCGCAUAUUUGCGAAGAAUAAAUUAGGCCGGAGUCAGCCGAGUGAUAUAUUGCCCGCAACGACGGAAGGAGAGAACCCAGGAGGACCUCCCAGAAACCUGAGAGCGGAUCCCCUAAGCUCGACCGAAUUAAAGGCGACCUGGGACCCACCGGAUCACGACCUCUGGAACGGGGAGAUCCUCGGGUACCACGUAGGCUUCAAGGAGCACCGGUUAGCAGCCGAGCGGUACACGUAUCGAACGGUGGAGAGUCGCAUCUCGGUGGCCAACGCCGCUCUGGGACUGACUCGGACCUCGGUUCCUGGUCGAGAAUACCACUUGACGAACCUGAAAAAGUACACUCCAUACAGCAUAGUAGUCCAGGCGUACAACGCCCUGGGUCCAGGACCCAUGACUGCAGAGGUUGUCGCCACUACUAUGGAAGAUGUUCCAACGAGUCCGCCGCAGGACGUCCAAUGCACUGCCCUAUCGUCUCAGAUUUUACAAGUGUCCUGGAGUCCGCCUCCGGACUCCAGCCUGAACGGGGUCCUGAGGGGGUACAAGGUGGUCUGGGAGAGCACGGACCAGCUGACCGAGACCACCAAGUCGGAGGCGAAGAAUACAACGGCCCUAACGGUGACGAUCAACGGCCUCGAGAAGUACACGAAUUACUCCGUCCAGAUCCUGGCGUUCACCACAGCCGGCGACGGGGUGCCGUCCUACCCCCUUUACUGCAUGACGAAGGAGGACCGGCCGGAAGUCCCGGCUGCGGUCAAGGCGGUGGCCAGCUCCUCCACCUCCAUCCUCGUGUCCUGGCAGCCACCGCUGCGACCCAACGGCGUCAUUCUGUCCUACAACAUCCACUUCCACACAACCGGGGGCGAGGGGAAGUGGAACCGGCGAUCCUCCCAGGCCCACCAGACCAGUUACCAAAUCGAUAACCUGCAGAAACGCCAAUACGAAUUCAGCAUAGCCGCUGUAACCUCCAUCGGGGAAGGUGCCCGAACGCCCACGGUUUUGGCCUCGCCUUCCAGCGAAGUGCGCGCCGCGAUAUACGCUUUUGGGAAGACCCUCGUGGUGGCCUGGAAGAAGGACGUGAUCCUGCCUUGCCAGAACGUUGGAAAGCCCGAGCCCUCCGUGAAAUGGAAGCACUGGGGUCAGAUGGUAAAGGGCUCCUCCAGGAUGUCGACCAAGUCCGAUGGCUCUUUGCAGAUCGUGGAUUUACACAGGGAGGACAGUGGGAAUUACACCUGCCAGGUUGAGAACGGUCAUGGCUCGGAUAAGAUCACUCAUCGACUGAUCGUCCAAGUGCCACCGGCUGCUCCUAUUUUGCACGCCACCGGCUCCACCAGCAACUCCAUCAAGGUCCAGUGGAAGAACAGCGACGACGGCGGGGCUCACAUCAAGGGGUACAUCCUCCACUAUAAACGCGAAUUCGGAGAAUGGGAGGAGGUCAAGGUGUCCCACAGGUUCAACAGCUUCCUCUUGUCGAAGCUCUGGUGCGGCACAGACUAUCAGAUCUACUUAACAGCCUACAAUCGGAUCGGAAUGGGCUCCCCCAGCGACAUCGUGAAGGCCAGGACCGAGGGCUCGAAACCCGAGUCGUCGCCGGCGAAUGGCGACAGAUUCAUUACCGUCAAUGUAUCCUGGAUUACUCUACACUUGAGUACCUGGAACGACGGGGGGUGUCCGAUCACCUACUUCGAGCUGGAGUACAAAAAGACCGACGAGGACCUCUGGACUCUGGUCUCCAAUAACAUAGAAAUCCAGAAGACGUACACCCUGAACGAACUGCAGCCAGGUACAACUUACGAAAUCCGCGUUCGCGCCCACAACAACGCCGGUUCCUCGGUGGCCGAAUACGAAAUCACGACUCUUCAGCCUCACACCAGCUCCACGGUGCCUGCCAUCGAGAUCGACCACUUUAUACCUCAACAAACACCCGUGUACUCCGAUUUGAAGCUGAUCGUUCCCCUGGUGCUAAGCUCGUUCGCAGUGAUCGCUGCGGCCGGCGCUGUAUUUUACUGCUUCAAGAAACGUCCCUUCAUGGGUGAUCUAGGAAGUCUCCACGAUGCCCAGACCGCGGCUGCUCUGGACAACAAGCAGAACAUGGAACAAAGAGAGCAAUACUACGCGACCGUUCGCAAACCUCUGCGCUCCCCGAUUCACGAAAUGGGCACUUUGGAGAGGAUACCAGAGAACUCGGAGGACAUCUACCCUUACGCGACGUUCCAACUGAAGAAAAGCGUGCCUGCUGGCGAAAGUCGCUGCGAGUCGGCAGCCCCGUUGCAGACUUUCGUCUAUCACGACCCUCGACUGCCGACUGCGGAUACGCUCCAGCUACGGGAGUCGGAUUGCAACCGGUACUCUAAGGUGCGCGGAGGCCGUUCGUCCUCUGCACCGUUGUAUAAAACGCACAAGGCCAUUCAAGGCAAGUCCGAGUCGGAGGAAUACGACACCCUGGGCUCGGACAGCGACACGGAAGUCGGGACCAGCAGCCGAACUGAGUCUUCCAAUCACCUCGUCGAUUCGCACCAUUUGGCCUCUGCGGUUGAUACACGCGUGCACAACUUCCUGUACCAUGGACCACAAUCUAGCACGACUACAGAACCCUCACCGAUUUUUGAGGGAAAAUCGUUUCCUGGACGGGGAAGACCCAAGAUGCUACAGCUGGCGCGUUAUACCAGCGAAGAGACCGAUCCAGUCUUCGGGGCCGUCGCCGAGUUUGGUAAUACCAAGCACCAGUCGAGCUGUUCCAUCAGGGAUCAGGAGCGUGACGGGUGCGGAAGCAUGUUCGUCCCCAAGCUGGAGCCGCCCUCAGGCUUCUCCGACGCGGUUGAGCUAAGCGAGGCCGAGUGCGACCUGGACAUCGGGCAGCGCAAUCGGAGGAAUAUUCGUGGCUUUGUUAUUACGGUGUAA